ACAAAGCGAGCGAGCGGGUGGGCGGAUAAUGAAGGCAGUAACGCCUCUAUCGCAUCGGUACUCCGGCCGUUUUUUUUAAUCGCCCGUAGUUAACGUCAUAUCUCCACGGGACUCUUUGGAGACAAGCGCGAGUGAGCGCGAGUGUCGGCACACACGCGUUUCUUUCAAGCUCGCUUUUAACUCCGUCCUUUCUCUCUCUCUCUCUCUCUUCUCCUAUCUCUCAUGGUCUCUCUGUCAACUCACAAUUUCUCGCGUGCUUUCCUUCUAUUACUUUUCUUGACAUUCCCCGCACACUCCUCAAAAGCGCCUUUCAUACGCAGAGAGGUAUCGCCACACCGGCGACACCCAACCUUCCGGCGAUAACGCGGUAGUUUCUAAGGAGUAGCCGGUGAGGAAGCGCGAGUGAGCGAGCGCGCGAGACGUUUCGCGCGAAUGCUGCGCGUAUGCGUGCGAUGUGUCGAUACCGAAUGUGUGGCGCGUAUGUACGCGUGUAUCGCGCCGGUACGGAACGCGGCGCGGCAUUGUUUUCUUCUCGUCACUGUUAUCGGUUCUGAUCACCCUGCUAGUGAUUAAUUAAUAACGAAACGACAACCCUUGCAUGACCGCCGCAUCGUGGCAGUCGAUAAUCACAUUGACACUCGUCGCUGUCGAGAUAUUUGGGAGCCGGCAGCAACAAGAUGUUUGCAGUCUAUGCCAUGAAAAUGCGGGAGAUCUGAGAUGAAUGUGUGAACGAUUCUGAGUCUUUCCGAGAAUAAUGCGUGAACUGAUAGCUUGCGGUUUUGUCAUACGGACAGCAACAAGUGAUUUCUCAUACGACAUUGAAGAAAGCGUGUGAUGUAACAAACGAAAAUAAUUCCCGAAAUAAUUCACUAGAUAUAAAAAAAACAGCUAUUGCCUUCGUUUGUCUUUCUCCAAGUGAUCCGGCGGCAUCUCACCGGAAUGCCGGAAGACGAGCGAUUUUUGGGAGACUCGCCUAAGUCCUGAACGAGCGCAGUAGAACGUUCAUCCGCAUUGAAUCACAUAAGAAUUUUUUAAAGCUAAAAGAAAUUAUGGAGGAGAUAAAAGUGCCGAACUUAGGGCAGGCCGCGUCGGCCGCUUGUUCCAUGGCGACCAAUUUCUUGGCGCCGGUGAAGACCGAGCGCCAGAUCUACGAAAACUCGAUGCUCGAGGACGAUCCCAAUGCUAACUCGGUGGUGCCGACUUCGCAAGAAGACCGUACCGUGCCUAGGUGGGGCCCGAAUCACAAAGGUGCCCAGGAACUCGCUAAUCUGUACAGCACUGGGAAGAGGACACAAGAGUGCAUUUGCGUGGGUAUCUGCAUCACUCUCAUAGCUGUGAAUUCUAUGUUCGUACUCAUCAGGCUACGAUUGGAAAAUUUCAGUUCCAUAGCAAUAGCUGCAUUAUGCGGUAUUAUCACGGCCGACUUUGGUUCCGGUUUGGUUCACUGGGCCGCGGAUACAUGGGGUUCGAUUGAACUUCCAAUUCUGGGAAAGAAUUUUUUAAGACCAUUUCGCGAACACCACAUAGAUCCGACAAGUAUAACGAGACACGAUUUCAUAGAGACUAACGGCGAUAAUUUCAUGGUUGCGAUACCAGUCCUGUCCAAGCUCACAUGGGAUUUUCUGACGCUACCCGAAGUAGAUAUGCAACACAAGUUCGUUUGGACGUGUUAUUUAUUUCUUCUCGCUAUUUUUGUAGCAAUGACUAAUCAGAUACACAAGUGGUCACAUACGUAUUUUGGACUACCCGCUUGGGUUAUUUGGCUUCAAGAACACAGGAUUAUUUUGCCGAGGAAGCAUCACCGAGUACACCAUGUCGCACCACACGAGACAUACUUUUGCAUUACUACGGGAUGGUUGAAUUGGCCUUUGGAGAAACUCUACUUCUGGUAUAUCUUGGAGGUGAUAAUCGAAAAGGCCACUGGCUGUAAACCCAGAGCCGACGAUCUAAAAUGGGCGCAAAAGCGUUCUUGAGAAUUAAUAAUCGGCCUCUUCUCGCUAUUGUAUAUUUUACUGUACGAUCAAGAUAUUUAACAUAUGGCCAAACAAAAUACUGAGUAACAUCGAAGUAGAAAUUAAGCAGAGAGUUUAUAUAUAUAUUGGCAAUAGUAAAAGGGCUUUUAUACAUAGAACAAUCGUUCGGAUAAAUAUCCGAGUUUCUUUUUUCGACAAUUAAUACUACGUGGCCUUUUGUGAAGACAGAUGCAGCGUGUACAAGGAUAAGUAACAUAACUUCACCUGCUUUUAAAGUUUACAUGUUUUUAAUACUUAUACGCAAUAAUAUAUAAAUAGGAUAAGCAUAAAUUUUAUAAAGUCACACGCUUAUGACAUUACAAUUUAAUGAUCCGUCGAUCUAUAUUGAUAACGUUUUUAUGUACCGCACAAUCAUCGCGCAUCAAAAUUGCACAAACCUCUAUAUAAACUUUAUUUUAACAUAUAUAAAAAGUACUUUGAGAAAAAGAAAUCGUGAUAUUAAACGACAGAUAUGAAGUGUAAUACAAUAAGCUGAAAUAUUUUUAAAAUAUUGAAGACAUUUUUCUAAUAUUAUAUAUAUAUAUAUAUAAACAUAUUUGGAAAUAACUGAACUAUAAACAGAUUUAUUUAAUAUAAAGCGGUCUAUCUAGAAUAUUAUCAAUCUUUGGUAGAAAAAUUUUUUUUUAUUAUUUUUCACGUUAGAUUGCACUGCGAUGUUUACAAAAAUGCUUCAUUUUCGUCUUUUACAUACACAAAAUUCCCUGAACCUCCUGAGACAUUUCUGUGAAAUCAAUCAAAAAUUUGUUACACAUUAUUUACACCAAUUCAAACUAGCAUUGUCAAUUUCAAGUUUUUAUAAUGUAUACUUCACAGCAGAAUUUUAUAAUCGAGAUAUAUUUUUUAUAUGCAAAUAAGAAAACAUAAUUCAUUCAUUCAAAAGAUAACAUCACAAAGAACCUUUUACUAUAUAUUUUUCUUUUUAUGGUCUAUAAAUUUACAGUAAUUUUUAUAAAAAUUGACAACCUAGUUUUUGAUCUCAUGUUCUUAAGAAUUUACUCGGUAAAAUUUGGGGCUAAGAAUUGAAUGAUAAUAUGUUAGAUGUCUGCUUAAUAUUGUUAUGUUUCAUACAUAGUAAUAAAAGUUACGUAAUUAAUAGCAUUAUAAUUGAACACUCAUAACACUCUAUAAAAAAGAACAAAAACAUCUCUUUUACUAUAGAAAAAUACUUAAACUAUGCGUAUAUUUUUUUGCAUUUUGCACACUAAUUACAUUUCUUAGCUCCGAAUGUACAAUCAAAUGUUACAAGGUGCUAAGUAUAAAUACAAGUUGUAGGUUCAGGGACCAAAGAUAAAGACUUAUUGCUUUAUGUAACAAUCGUCUGAACACUUGGUCUAAUUUAGGUAAAGAAUAAUACAGUUGACUAUAUGUGCGAUGUGUCUGACAAUUAUUUUUGCUAAUCUAUAGAUAUAUUAUUCUUAGCUAAUGUUGAAGCACUCAACUUCGCAUACAUUCAGGAUACUUUACGUAGAACUUUACCGUGAUCUAUGUUCCUUACAUAAGUAAUAUAUCUUUUAAACGAAAUAGCGUUUGUAUAAAAAAUUAUUGUAAUCAUUGUUAUUGUUAUUGUUAUUGUUAUACAAGAUAAAGUAUAAAUUUUAAACGAUUCGCGUCAAGAACCAAUCAGAUUUUAAACUUCUCAUUUAUCAUGCGAUAAGAAUUAAUUUUAAUAUCGUUGUGAAACCAAAGAUUUAAAGAAAUAAAUCUAUUUAUUUAUUUAUUCAAUAAUUAAUAUUUAGAUAUAAAUUACAAAUAUAAAAUAUAAAAUAAUUUUGUCAUUAUUUUAAGUCGAAUUCUAAUUCAAAUGGGGAAUAGAAAAGAAAGAGAAUAUGCUUUAUAUAAUACAAAUUCCAUUAAAUUAAAUGCGAUCAAAAGACAAGAGGAUUUAUUAAGCCAUGCAGCUAAUCAAAUAUUAGAAGUUUUUAACACAAUGUAGAAAUAUAGAGCUUUUUAUAAGAUAAAGCGAUAAUAGAGAAUCUGAUAAAGAUCUUUAUUGUGGAUUAACAUAUUUACAUUCCAGAAUUUGCGUUUCGAAGCAAACAUUGGAAGAAUCAAUUGUUUAAUUAGCAACAUUGUUAUAAAUAGCCGAUACUGUACAAUGUUACCAGGUUGUUGAACUCGAAAUAACAGCAAAGCUACCAUUAUAAUUAUGCUACAAGCGAAUGAUUUGCUUAUGAUUUUGCUUGUUCCAAUUGAUUUUAAUAUAAUUCACAGCGCGAUCAGUCUAUCUGUUGAGAUACAAUCUGCAACUCACGCGCUCAAAUCUAACGUAAAUUUCGCCUAAAAAUAAAAGUUAUGCAAAAAUACAAUCAAUGAAAAUAUAUUACAUUUCAAUCCGUUCCUAUAUUCUGGCACGGUAUUUGUACAUAAAGGAUAAACUAUGCUUACAAGCAUAGCUCUGGUAACAAUAAAAAUGAAAAAUAAUCAGAAAUGCGCCGAAUAAGAGGUAUAUAAAUGCAAGGAAUUUAUGUGUACGUAGUUAUAAACAACAAUACUAAUAAUAUCGUAAUAUUUGGCAACUCAAAUCGGACACUAGUCUAAUCAUAAAAUUAAAUUUACAGUAAAAAGAGUAAAGCGCAAAUUGUGAAAUGUUAUAAGAGAAAGAAAAAAAGAAAUAGACACAAGUUCAUAUGUAUUCUAAAUAUUUUGUAUAUCUGAAAUAUUUAUAUGUUAUUGCGCGCGAUAACGCAUAUGUAGAAAAUAAUCGAAAAAAAAAUGCCAAUGAAUGAAAGAAAUGAUGUUAUAUUGCUAUUUUCAUAUGAUCAUAAUUGUGCUCCUUAAUCAUAAUUGUAUUAUAUUACGGCCUUAAUAGUCGAAAAUAUUCUAUUAAUACUUACACUUCUUUAACACUUACACUGUAGCUUAAACUCUCAUUUUCACUUUACGCUAAAAAUGUUUUCUGUCGAAAAUUACAUUAAAUACUGUUUGUAAUCUUACACAAUAUUAGAUGUCAUUCAAUCUUUUUAAUUGUGUAAUUAAAAUUAUUUCAUUCAAAUCUCAGCACAAUUACGUAAAUAAAAUACCGAUUAUACGAAUCAAAACCGACGCAUCUGCUGUUGCUGAAAGUACAAAGAGAAUAAAAGACAAGCCAUUGCUUCUAUAUAGCCUGCAUAUUACAAUGUACUUUAUAUUCAUGUAACAUUUUGUGCAUGUUACCUAUGCAAACAUAUCCUUUUGUAAUAAAUAUUGAACUGAUGACAAUGAG